AUGAAAAAGUUUUUAUUAAUUCUAUUUACGAUUUCAACAUUUUCGUUACUGGUUACUGCCGAUAAUGUUGAAGAUUAUCUAAGGAAUGAAAGUAGAAGUAUUAUCUCUUCAACAUCUAAUACCAGACUUCCUCGUGGAACUGUUCUUAUGAUUGCUUCUACAGAAAUCGAUAACUGGUUUAAUAUAAAUGGUAAAGGUUUGGGUGAAUAUUCUGGUUGGUACAUUUGUGAUGGAAGAAAUGGCACUCCAGAUUUACGCGGUCGAUUUCUAGUUGGACGAGAUGUUUUAAGUAGUGGUUCUUCUUAUUCAAAUAUCGGUAUGAAAGGUGGCUUAGAGGAAGUUGUACUAACUGUAGACGAAAUGCCAAGUCAUUUGCAUACCUUCCAAGCGCAAACAUCGGCUUCAGGUGCGCAUUCUCAUAAUUAUAAUGAUAUAACUUAUGCAGAUGGAUGUGAUGUACCUAUUCCAACGUAUAGAGGAAUUAAAUCGGGUACACCGCACAAUAAAGCAUGCCAAAUAGCAAGAACGACAGAGGCAACAAGCAAUCACAAUCAUAUUAUAUCUGGAGGAACGAGUAACGUUGGUGGAAACAAACCUCAAGAAAAUCGUCCACCAUAUUAUGUAAUUGCUUAUAUCAUAUAUAUAGGUGUUUGA